UCUCAGGUAGAUAUGGCCUCCAGGGGCCACAUUCAACCCGGUGGCCUGGCCUGGCCCCUUCGACUGACCCUGGCAUGCACCCUGCUGGGGGCCUGUGGAGGAACCCGCCUGAUUGGAGUUAGGCCUUGGGGACACCAUGGGCUGGUGGCCAAUCUGGGGCCAGGCCAGCUGAACCUGGCAGGAGCAUGCUGUCCCUCGGAGAUGGACACAACAGAGCCGUCUGGCCCUGGGACCAUCCCAGAGCGCUGUGGGACGCCGAGCUCCAGGUGCGAAUCCUUCCUGGGACACCUCCAAGGUACCCUCCGGAGUCACUUCCUCCUGCCUCUCUGCGCUGAGCUCUGCGAGGACUGGUUCACCACCUGUGAGGCUGACAUCACCUGUGGCCCAACUUGGCUAUCACUCCCAGACAGGAGGCCCUGUGAACCUGGCUGCCGUACCUAUGGGCAGACAUUCUCGGACGGCGCAGAUCUUUGCCGCUCUGCCCUGGGUCACGCUCUGCAAGUGGCAGCUCCUGGAUCCCGUCACUGCCUCAACAUUUCUGUCUCGGUGCCGCCCCGUCCCAGACCCAGGCGGCGGGCCCGGAAAGCCACCUCCCGGAGCCUCCGGCGCCCUCGCACCCCGGUGAUUCUGGACGCUGCCGCCAGCGGAAGCGGCAGUGGAAGCGGCAGCGGCCCCUAG